UAUCAACAAAUUCUUCAAAUGACUACCAACAAAUAGAACCACCAAUAAGUUAUGGAGUGAUUGAUUAUGUGAUUGGAGGAAGUGGAAAAUAACAAUGAUGAAAGUGAUAACAAUAUCAUCUUGCUUGUUGAUCUUUAUUAAAUGCAGUCUAUCUUUACAUGUUAUAACAAUGGAGAAAAGUGAAAACGAUUAAUUUUUAAGUUCUUAUGCAUUAUAUAUGAUUAUAUAAAUAAUUUUAACAAAAUAUGCGUAAAGUUGCGACCAUUAUUUAUAUAUCGCAACGUCCAUUGCCGUCUUCUCUCCUCUUCUCACAUUUGUCACUCACUCUACCAAUUGAUUGAUGAUUCUCUAAUUUCUCAUUUCUCAUUCCUUCUCCAAAUUGUUUGUUUUAGGGUUUUAGAAUUGAGAAGCAAUGGAGAAAGUAGACACUGAAAUCAUCCCUAUGCCUUUCCCUCCUUACCGUCGAUCUCACUUCCGCAGCCAUACUUACACCACCCUUCUCCGUAUUCUUUCCCACCUUUCUUCUUCCACCGUUCCUGAUAAUGGCAAUGUUGGAAUGGGGCAAGAAAACCAGGAAAAGGAGCCUGAGAACUCCGAGUUAAAAGUUGGUGCUGAUGUCAAGGAUCCCAAGGGUCCAAUACCCUUGAAGGAAAUACAUGAUGUUCAUGAGACCAUUGAAAGUGUUGGAGACAAGGGUAAGGAUUUGAGUGCCAAUGCUAUGGUCCUAGAUGAUGCAGCAGCAUUUCUUAUGGGAGGAGAUGAACAAUCUACACAAACAGAUGGUUUUCAUUUGGAACAAACGAUAAUGGACGAGUUGGAGCUUGUUGUAAAAGGGGAUGAAGAUCCUGUUUGUGAUGAUAGUUUAAUCCCCUUGAACUGCGAGAAACAGAAUAGCGGUAGUGAAGUUGAUUUGAUGGAUUACCGAGUAGAACAUGUUGAACAUCUGCGUUCUGGUACAAAUACGUCUGAAAGUGUAAGUGAGGUGCAGUCGCAAGUACAAGGGGAGCUUAAUCAACUUGACGUGGAAGGCUUUAAUGUGUCCGAGUCAACAAAGGGACAAGCUUCCGAUUCCGUAAUUAGUAGUACAUCAAGCAUACAGAUUGAAAGACAACAGAAGGAAACAGAAUUGGUAACGCUGGUUUGUCCUCUAGCGGGAUCUAUUCCUACUAUUCAAGAGGGUGAAUUUGAGAAGGAAGAACAGUAUGGUCAUAAGGUUGAUGAAGCAACUCAUAGUUCUUUAGAUCUUGAUACAAAUACUGAAGCAUUGAAUAUGACAGAAGAUGGUGGAUUGCUAGACUCUACAAUUUUGAAAGAUAAAUGUGAAACACAAAAUGAAGAGAAAUCAGAGAAGUUAAUUUGUGUGAAAAAUACAACAAAUUCUUCCGAUAUUCUGAUCGACGAAGGAGAUCUAGAAGAGGGAGAAAUUUCUGGAGAAAUUUCAAUGGAUGGAAACACAUUUGACGUGUCUUCUGCAGAUGCUAUAGUUUCAGAACAGAUGAAAUUGGAUGAGAUUGAGAAACCCGGGAGUUCAUUUGAAAACAUGACUUCUCCUUUCAAUACGGGUAUCUCCUUUCAAGGCUUUCCAUCUAAUCUCUUUACGGUAAAUGCAAUUCAAGAUACACCAACAUUAACCAAAAAUCAAGUCUUGCGCAAAGGAUUCAUGGAAGAAACCUCUCACGGGAACUCGUCUGUAGUACAGCAGAUUGUUGAUGCCAGCAGAAAUGAACAAAGUGGUCCUGAUCCUAAGAAGAAGAAAAACAAAAAGCAGAUGGUUGAUGCCAGUGGGAGCAAACGUGGUCCUGGUUCUCAGGAGAAGAAAACUAGAAAGAGGAAGAAGUAUCGAAAGAACAAAGCAGAAAAGAACAGAGAGCCAGGUGGUAAAAGGCCAAAGUUUAUUCCAGAACAAAAACCAAAACCUAAACAAUGUCGCCAUUAUAUGAAAGGAAGAUGCCAUGAGGGGGACCAGUGCAAUUUCUCACAUGAUGCUAUUCCUUUAACAAAGUCCGUGCCAUGUGCUCACUAUGCCUGUGGCUCUUGUAUGAAAGGGAAUGAUUGCCCAUAUGAUCAUCAGCUUUCCAAGUAUCCUUGUUCCAAUUUUGUGUCUAAAGGCUCCUGUUAUAGAGGUCGUUGUAUGUUUUCACACCAGGUGCAAACCAGCCAAGAUAUACCUACGCCUACAAAUGCUUGCAAACCAGAGUUGAAGUCUCCUCUUUCGUCAGGAAAUACAAAUUUCAGUACACCACUGAAUAAUCAUGGCACUGGUUCUGUCCAACAAACCAACUCCAAUUCUAAGGGAAUUUAUUCUCACACCAAUGUAGAACAUAAGGUGACAGACGUUUCACAGACAAAGCCUACCUCAGCACCCAAAGGAAUUAGAUUUAUAAAUGUUGCUAACUUAUCACCUACUACACCAAAACAAGACACGGUACAACCAAACAAGGGAAAUCUUGUCCACGGUGGAACAUGUGCAGAUAAAGGUCAAAAUACUGUGGAAAUUUCUAAAAAAAUUCCAGCUGUCAUGCCCAAGGGAGUCAACUUUCUUUCUUUCGGCAAAGGUUCUGUUUGCAGUUUUAAACUUUCUAUUCAAUCCACUGCACAAGAAAUGAUAUUGAAGUUGCCUCAGUCAGUCAAUUUUGGUUUGUCUGAACAUUCAGUUUCACUGCUGAAUAAGGAUGAUCAUGGAAAAGCUAUUGACAUAACUGCACAAAAUUUACCACAAACUGCGCUAUUCUCACAUGAGAUUUCAGACAAAAACCAAUCCAUGGCAGAACGAAUGAAAUCAAGGUUUCUGGAGAAAGAUUCAACCGAUGAUUCUGUGAGGGAUCACAGCCAUUGUAAAUCAGCUCAAGAGGUAAAUAAGGCAUCUGAUAAUUCUCAGGCUUCAACUGUGACCUCAGCUACGCUUCUUGCUAGUCCCUUUGUUUCACUUCAAUCUUCAGAAGGCCUGGUAUCUGGAUGUCCUAAACAAGCAUCAAACAUAGGCCAAAGGGCACUCAUUUCGACUUUAGCUUUUGCGGCGGAGCAUGAAUCAAAUAUUAAGAUGAAAUGCCCUACUGGUGCUUCACCUGUAUGAUCAGAGGAAAAUAAGUAAAACAAUUGCAGCUUGGAGUUCAAAAAGAAUAGCAUUGCUAAAAUUGUUUUCAAUCCAUGAAGCUCUUGGUGAUUUGAAUCAAGGCACUUCCUAGCUUAUUGGAUGAUAACCAGGUAAUGCACUCAUGCUGUUCUUUAUCACAACAGAUUUGCAAAGGUAACUUUGAGCAAAUUGGCUGUCUUUUAAGAUUUUGCACGAAAAGCUGCUUAAACCAGUUGUUUGAUCUUAGUUUCUUAUAAUUCUGCAGGUGUAUAUAUUUUGUAUUUAACAGUAGUACUAGAAACUUCUAAUUUCUGAAUAUUUUUUGGGAGAAAUUCUGAAGAAAAAAAUGAUUGGAGCAAUAUAUGGCUGAAUGAUCUUAUUACAAUUUUUUUUUCCCA